UUUGUGCAUACGAUUAUUUCUAAGGAAGCAGCUUCUUGAAGGGAAAUGUCGAUUAUUUUUUACCUCUUAUUCCUUUCGACUUUGCCCAUUUUUUCAUCGUCGUGGGAAAACAUUUUUUUUAAUCGCUUUAAGAGAGAUGAUGAUGUUAUGCAGGAUUUGUGUUAUGCAGUGAAAAAAGAACAUUAUGAUGUUAUAAGCCAUUUAGUUUUGGCAGGUGUAGAGAUAGAUGGAGACUGCUCUAUAGGGUCGAAAAAGUAUACUCCAUUGAUUUAUGCCAUUGAAUAUAAGAAAAUGGAAAUAUUUAAAUUUUUUGUUAACUUUAUUUCUGAUGUCAACCAAAAAGAUAAAUUUGAAAAUACUCCGUUGUAUUACAGCUCUUUGUUUAACUGCUUAGAAUGUGUAAAGUUUUUAAUCGAAAAUAAAGGAGCUAAUAUUAACGCACUGAAUUUUAAUAAUUACACUGCUUUGGAUGCUGCUUAUGAUGAAAAUUAUUAUAAAAUUGUUGAUUACCUUACACUGCGUGGUGCGAUUUUUACUGGUAGAUACAGCAAUGGACAGACGACUGAAAAAAAAUAUAUAGAUUCAAGGUUUUUUAUAGAUUCCUCUUCACCACCAUAUAACGGACCACUUGUUCUAAAAAGAAAUAGAACCUCUUAUGGAUAUCGUCGCUUUCGUCGGAAUAAUUACAAUCCCCUCAGAAUAGAUUCUUCCACCGCUUUGGAAUCCUCCGCAAAACAGAAACAAAAGGCGCCGUCGGUAAAACGCAGUAUUAGUGAUGCAAUUUAUAUUUUUCCAGAAGAACACAUUCAACAGAAGAAACUGCAGCUAGAUCAAAAGCAUUCAAACAUAUUAAGAUUUCUAGGAUCAAAUAAUCCAGACAAAAAUGGUCCUUUGUUGCUACUAAACAUUUUGUUCAAUAAAUUCAUACUUAAAACAAAAUCACCCAUAAUACGCCAAGACGCAUCGGAAAUGGAAAUAAAAGCCAAUGCUUUGCUUAUCACAGAUACUAUCAAAAGAAUUAUGGAGUCCUUACGCGAACCUCUGGAAUUAAAAGAUGUUGAUUUUUCUGAAGUACAUUCGAAAAUUUUGAAAGAACUUGCGUCUGGAAAAGAGCACAAAAUUCCAGAAAUUCUGUCAGAACUUCUACACACUAAGUCUCAUGCAAUAAUCCUUUGAAAUUGGAAGAAGGAAUUAAAUUUGCCUUAGAAGCCUGUCAAUAAUGUUUCAAGACUGCCGAAAGAAGAUAAAUGUAUUCAUUUUGUAACAGAAGAAUAUAUACUAUUAAAAGUUUAUUACUAUUCUA